AUGAUGCAGGAGAUCGACCGCACGCGGUACAACGCCGUCCGGGGCUACGACGCCCAACGCGCCACCCUCAACGACGUCGCCAAGGUCCAGCGCGCAAAGGAUCUGGAACGGCAGAUGCCGAGGCUGUCGAAGUGGGGGGUCGGCGACGUGUACGCGCCGCACGAUUUGAGUGCCGUGGAGGCGGGGAAGUGGAGGAAGAGGAAGAGUAGUGAGAGGGAUGUUUUUGAUAUUUUGGGCAUCAAUCCCUUGGAGGAAUACAAGAAUUUCUCAAUGAUGUCCGAAUUCAUGACGCCCAUGGGCCGGAUCAAACACCGACGCGAGACCGGCUUACGCGCCGUGAACCAAAGGAAAAUCGCAAAGGCGAUCAGGAGAGCUGUGGGUAUGGGGUUGCUACCGAGCGUGCAUGAGCAUCCGGAGGUGUUGGAGGUGAAGGCGAGGGAUAGGGCGAUGAGGCUGGAGUACGGAGCCGGUUCUAGGCGGUGA